AUGCAGGAGUUUCUUGAUGCUUAUAUAUCCCCUGUUGCCGGUAGCCAUGAAGCUGAUCCAUUGGAGCGUCGUAUUGCUGAUGCAGUUUAUGCAGCCGAGGAUGUUAUCGAAUCACAAAUUGUGCUUCAAAUCGACAAACGAUCCCCAAUCGUUGAGGGUCAUGACUUCUAUCAAGAUCUGCAGACAGUGAUAGAAGAAAUGAAUUUGAUCAAGAAUGAGGUGGAGAAGAUUGCAGUGGAAGCUCACCUGCAGCAAAAGCCCGUUGCUGCGUUAACGUCUUCAUCCUCUGUGAAGGAAAACGUGAUGGUGGGCUUUGAGGAAGUGUUUCGUGAAGCUUUGGAUAAGCUCACUGGAUAUCAACGCAGCUGCGAAAUCAUCCCUAUCACGGGGAUGGGUGGAAUUGGUAAGACCACUCUUGCCCGAAGUUUAUUUGAGAAUGCUCUUGUUAAGGAGCAUUUUAAAAUUCGUGCUUGGACUACAAUUUCUCAAACUUUUAAUGUUAGAGAAACACUUAGAGAAGUUCUUUUCCAAGCAAGUGGUGAUUCAAGUAGUGAUAUGAGUGAGGAAGAAUUGGGAAAAAAAUUAUACAAGUUUUUAUUUGGUAGGAGGUAUCUCGUAAUAAUGGAUGAUAUGUGGAGUGUAGAGGUGUGGGAGAAGAUAAAAUUUUUCUUUCCUAAUAACGAAAAUGGUAGUCGGAUAAUCGUAACCACUAGAUUGUCAAACUUGAGUUCUUCGUUGAAUGAGUCUUAUAGGGUUAAUAUGCAAUUUCUUGAUAAGGGAAGUAGUUGGAGAUUGUUUUGUAAGAUUGUGUUUGAGAAAGAAAGUUGUCCUCCUGAGUUGGAGAAUAUUGGAAAGAAUAUUGUAGUACAAUGUAAGGGGCUUCCUUUAUCAAUUGUUACAAUAGGAGGUCUUUUGGCAAAAUCUAAGCGCGCGAUAGAAUAUUGGAAGCAUGUAGAGCAAAAUUUAAAUUCAAUUGUUAUCAACAAGAAUGAUGAAUUUUGCUUGAAAAUCUUAAGGAUGAGCUAUAUCUAUCUGCCAAACUAUUUGAAGCCGUGUUUUUUGUAUAUGGGUUUUUUUGAAGAAGAUCGUAGGAUACGUGUGUCAAUGCUCAAGAUGUUAUGGGUUUGUGAAGGGUUUCUAAAACCAAGGAAUGGGAAAAGUUUGGAAAUAAUUGCACAAGAGUAUUUUAAGGAGUUGGUUGAUAGAAAUCUCAUUUUAAUUGAUAGGUUGGGGUUUACUGGAAAUAUUAAGUAUUGUAAAAUUCAUGAUUUGUUGAGAGAUUUGUGUUUGAAAGAAGUUGAAAAGGAAAGAUUUUAUCAUGUCAUAAGAGACGAUCCUCUACACAUAACUUGUGAACGCCGGGUUGUUCUGAAAACAGAAGUGUUGUUAAUAAAUAAAGUCUUGGGAUCUUUAUCACAUGCUCGUUCUAUAAUAUGUGAUUAUGAUGAAAACAGCCAGAGUGAAGUUCGACUGCCUCACAAUCUUAGAUUGUUGAGAACUUUCAAAGCAUAUGAUGAUAGUGAUUAUCGUUCUUUGAUGUACUCAUUCUUUUUGAAUGGUUCUUAUUUCCUAGAUAAUGUGUUUGAAUUGGUGAAUUCACGAUACCUUGCUGUAAGCGUUCAUGUCGAGUCAAAAUUCCCUACUUCAGUUGAUUUGCUUUGGAAUUUGCACACAUUGAUCAUUUGUUGUAGAGAUAUUGUUGUACCAAUUGGAAUUUGGAAACUGCAUCAACUUCAGCAUCUCGAGUUUGCCUCAAGGAACUUGAAUCUCCCGGAUCCUCCUAGUGGUGACAAUGACAUUGUUGUUAUGGAGAAUCUGCAUACCCUCAAAGGAGUGAAGAAUUGGGUUUUGAAUGAGGAGGUGGUCAAAAGAAUUCCCAAUGUGAAGAAAUUGCAUCUAAAAUACAAUGAGGUGAAGCAAAUAGAGGGAGAAAAUUGUGUCAGCUAUCUUCACUGUUUUAGCAAAUUGGAAAGUUUCUUCUGCGAUGGAUUUGGAAGUCAUGAGUAUUUGCAAGGGAUAAGGCUCCCUCACUCUCUCAAGAAAUUGUCUAUUGAUGCCUCUUUUCCUCUGGAGUUGGAAGACAUAAUGCCAAAAAUCGGUUCAUUGCCCCUUCUUAAGAAAUUUGUAUUACGCCAUGGUUUCUUCAAAACAGGUAAGUGGGAAACAAUUGAAGGUCAAUUCACAAGUCUCAAGUUUCUACGGUUGGAGCAUUGUAAAGGUCUAGAAGAUUGGAUUGUGUCACACAGCUCUCACUUUCCACUCCUCCAAAACCUUGUUCUUCAUGGUUUUCGUCAAUUGAAGGAGAUCCCAGCAGAAAUUGGAGAGAUAGCAACUCUGAAGUCUAUUUCAUUGGACAGUUGCAGUGAAUCAGCAGUGAUGUCAACUAAACUCAUAGUAGAGGAACAAGAGGAAUUAUAUGGAGAGACAGACCUUCAUGUUCGUGUUUCGACUACUGAUGAAUCACUGAGGUGCUUUGCAAGUGUCAACUUUGAAGUUCAUGUGUAUCAGUUCAUAAAAUAUCCUCCUCCCAUUUACACAGGAGAAGAUGAUGGAAAUUGCUUAUGA